AUGCGUGUGAACCUAAGGCGCGUGGUCACGUGGUGCGUUGGACUGCCACUGACGAGCCUUGCGGUGACGUCAUUCAUAGCUCUGUUAAGGAUUCCAGAUUUCAAUAUGACCAACAGCUAUGAAAAACAAGUGGGUUCUAUAGGAGGACCGGCUGCCAGCUUAUUGUCUACGUCAACAGAAGGUCGACCCAGUCAAAAUACAGUCGGGUGGUUCAACAGUUCUAGUUUAUAUGCAGAGAGAUCGAACGCUGUAUUGGCAGCAUGUCAAAUGCUCCAGUUAAAUGACCAGUCCCUGUCAUCGUUACUAAGGCAACGAGAAGGCAUUGUUUCCCCAACACAAUUUUUGAUCGAUCACAAGAACAAGAUGUUAUAUUGCCAAGUACCUAAAGCCGGAUCCACCAAUUUCAAGAGGCUACUACUUCUCGCGAGACAGAACGAGAACUCCGGUAGAUUGCAUCUUUCGGCACUUUCUCCCCACAAAACCUGGCAGGCAACGAAGACUGUUUUUAAUCGGUUAGAGCCCAACACACCGGAGACGUACGUGAACAGCAUUCUGAAAAAUUACACCAAAGUUUUGCUAACACGCCCUCCUUAUGAACGCCUUGUGUCUUUUUACCACAUGUAUUUCGAGGAGCAGCAUUAUGAAAAUGCAUCUCUCGCUUAUGAACUCAAACGCUUAGUGAAAUACAUGAAACGGGUACUUAAAAGAAUGGAUCGCGGGAAUUGCACGUGGAAUGCCAAACCAACAUUCAAGGAGUUCGUAGAUUUUGUACUCUUCGAUUAUCGAGGGAUAGAAACAAGGAGACUGCACACAAAGGGAGUGAUAAAUGCCCACUGGUUUCCCAUAUCGAGACUCUGUUACCCGUGCGCGGUUCAUUAUGACGUCAUUGGCACCAUGGAGACUCUUGAUCAAGAUUUUGAUUAUAUAGCAAAAAAAUUGACAUGAAAAAGGGCAUAAAUUAUCCAAGGUAUCUUCGGAGGAAAUCUCUGAACCUCACAAAAUCAUAUAUGUCUUCAUUAACAGGCGCUCAAUUAAAAAGAUUACAAAAUAUGUA